AUAAUGAAGCCUGGUUCAGGUAAAGAAGCUUUCAGGAAUGAGAGAAGGCCUACAAAUUUUGAUAAAAAGGUGCUAGUAUGGUCAGGACGCUUUAAAAAGGAGGAGGACAUUCCCAGGCACAUAUCGUCUGACGUCCUUAACACUGCAAGGAACAUUGUCAGGAUAAAGGUUUGCUACAUCAUGAUUGCACUGACUGUGCUGGGCUGUGUGACCAUGAUCAUCACAGGCAAAGAAGCUGUGAAGAAGGAUCAGACGCUGCUGAGGGUGAACGCAGAAAAGAAGGCCAAGUGGAGGGCUGAAGUGAAGAAAAGUCAGGAGACAGCUGUCGGGAAGUCACAAUGAUUUGGAACAGAUUUAUUUUAACAGAAGGAGAUAAGUGAUUUGCACAUGUGGCAUAUGGACCUGUCUUCGUUUAACUCUUAAGAGCUUUUUCAUUGAAACUCUCAGAGCAAAGAUUCCACUGCAUAAAAACUGCUCCAUGCAAACUGGGAAGCCCCUAUGGAAACUCCAGCUGCUUUCUGUGGCUUCUGGUCUUUGGCACCAGUCCCAGCUCACAAACAAAAAUCUCUUUUAAACUGUAAAGUGUGGAAAGGACAAAUGCAGGACUCCCCAGCUCAGGAUCAGCUUUUCAUGGUGCUGCUGGUGCUCAGGUCUCACAGUCAGAAAGGACAUGGCCCUAUAUCAGGGAGCAUCACAUUCUGUGCAAUGCCUCCAGGGCAAACAGCCUUGGCCAAAGUGACCCAGAGCAGGGGGAAAAGCAGUCUGAAAUAUGUUUUGCAACUACAAAGACAUCAAUUAUCUCUCUGUCUGAGCCUGCUGCCAUUAUGAACCCCUCUCCCUUCCACCAGCACCUCGUGGGAUGCUGUGGCCAGGAGAGAGGUGGUACAUGAGCAUGAAGAGGGGCUGGGAAGAUAGAAGAGUGUGAGCAGCCCCUGACAAUUGAUUUGGGCCAAAAUGGCUUUUGGGCCAGAGGAGAUGGUGGUGUGGUUCCUGUGGGGCAGCCCAGGGAAUCCAUGCCUGAUGCAGGGAGCCUGGCCUGGAGACAUCUCUUGUCCUGUAGCACCUCAGUGGUUUUUCCCUUUCAUCUUCUGCUUCCAGUCAUUGUCAUGAAAGUUGUCUAGCACUUACUUAGCUGUGAUUUUAGUCCAGAAUAAUUGUUAAUAUAUGGUUUGCUAAAACGGAAUUCUUUUUAAUCACCAUCGUUCAUUAACUCAUAAUAAAACAGCUGUCCAAUUACAUCUAAAACAAACACAUCUCUUCACAGCUUCAUUUAGAGUGUCACCAAACUCUCAGGGAUGAUGCUUAACAGAUGGGAGAAAUCCUAAUGAAAUAUUGAAAAUUACAUUUUCACAAAGUGAUUUAACUUCAAGACAGGCCCCAGUUCAUGCCUGUGGGUGCUGAUGCUCUGAUCCCCCAAGUGACACCUAUAAUGCUGGCUGGUGGAGCUGGAUGUGCUGCAUGGAAUCCCAAGGGACACAGCGUGGCAAUAUCCAACCAGUGUUACCCCAGCUGCUACAGGAGAUGCUGUGGCCAUGCUCAGCCCUGGUGCAAUGUCCUGAGCAUCACACUGGCUCUUGGCCUUCCCAGGAAUUCUUACUUGGAGCAGUUGCACUUGUGCUCCAGAAGAGUCUGGAAACUCCUGCUCAGGUCUCUGAGGUUUAUUGUGUCAAAAACCAUGUCCAUUUAUUGCUGAAGUGUCACUGCACAAAUAAGCUGCUGGUAAAGUUGGGCUGGGGCAUUGGCAGGUGGUCAGCAGUUGUUGGGCUCUGGGACUCCAUCUUCUGUGCUUGAGGUCUUUGGGCAGUUUUUUCCCUCUGGUGCUUCUUAGGAGCACUUCUCUCCAUGCUGCACACCUG